GGAUUGUUGUUAAAGCAAAGGCUGUCUGUCCGGAUGGCGUGGCUGGCUAUCCAGGUGCUGUUGUUGUGCCUGCCAAUCUGUUCGGCAUAUCCUCUGCAGGGCGCAGUGAGGCAAGAGCCCUCAAGCAUGGAUUUUGCUCAGCAAUAUCUAGAAAAGUACUACAACUUAGGAAAAAAUGAGGAACAAGUGUUUAAAAGAAAGGACAGUAGUCCUGUUGUCAAAAAAAUCCAAGAAAUGCAGAAGUUCCUCGGGCUGGAGAUGACAGGGAAGCUGGACUCCAACACGAUGGAUGUGAUGCUCAAGCCCAGAUGUGGCGUCCCUGACGUUGGUGGCUUCACUACCUUUCCAGGUUCGCCAAAGUGGAGGAAAAACCACCUCACCUACAGGGUUGAAAAUUAUACACCAGAUUUACCGAGAGAGCGUGUGGAUUCUGCCAUUGAGAAAGCGUUGAAAGUCUGGGAGGCGGUGACCCCGCUCAAGUUCUCCAGGCUCUCUGAAGGAGAGGCGGACAUCAUGAUCUCCUUCGCAGCUGGGGAUCAUGGAGACUAUUACCCUUUUGAUGGACCGGGACAGAGUCUGGCUCAUGCCUACCCGCCUGGGCUUGGAUUUUAUGGAGAUGUUCACUUCGAUGAGGAUGAGAAAUGGACACUGGGAUCCUCAGGCACCAACUUUUUCCUGGUUGCUGCUCAUGAGCUUGGCCAUGCCCUGGGUCUCUUUCACUCAGACAAAAAAGAAUCUCUGAUGUACCCAGUUUACAACUUCUCCAGAAGCCCAGCCCAGUUCCGGCUUUCUCAGGAUGAUAUAGACGGCAUUCAGUCCCUCUACGGACCGCAUCCCUACUCUGGUGUCACAGUGGUGCCCACAUCCUCUGUCUCUCCAAGAACUGAGAUCCCAACCAAGUGUGAUCCUUCUCUGUCCUUUGAUGCAGUCAGCACCCUGAGAGGGGAGCUCCUAUUCUUUAAAGACAGGUACCUUUGGCGCCUCUCCCACUGGAACCCCGAGCCUGAAGUUCACUUGAUUUCAGCAUUUUGGCCCUCUCUUCCUUCACACUUAGAUGCUGCCUAUGAAGCGAAUAGCAAGGAUAGUGUUUUCAUUUUUAAAGGAACUCAGUUCUGGGCAGUCCGAGGAAGUGAGGUCCAAGCAGGUUACCCUAAAAGCAUCUACACUCUCGGCUUCCCUCCCACUGUCAGGAAGAUUGAUGCUGCUGUGAGUGACAAGGAGACGAAGAAGACCUACUUCUUUGUGGGUGACCAGUACUGGAGAUUUGAUGAGAAGAGAUGGCUUAUGGAUAAAGGCUUCCCCAGGCUGAUAAAAGAUGACUUUCCAGGAAUCGAGCCACAGGUUGAUGCCGUGUUGCAGGCAUUUGGGUUUUUUUAUUUCUUCCACGGAUCAUCACAGUUUGAGUUUGACCCCAAUGCCAAGAUGGUGACACACACUCUGAAGAGUAACAGCUGGCUCCUGUGCUGACUGCCACGAGAAGACAUACAAACACUGUAAAAGGAAUCCUGUCAUCGCUCACCUAAUUUAUUAUAUAUCAGAAUGAUUAUUUAUUCCUGUAUGUCUGUGGCUCAAGAAGAUGAGCCCAGCAGAUGUCCUCCUUAACUAGCAUCCCUGGAACCACUGUACUUGCUCUUGAGUUACACUGCACAUCUCAUUGCAGUUGGUGAGAUGAUGCAUCUU